UGGCGGAAGUGAAAGGUCUCUACGUCACUUCCUUGCUUUUUCGUUUGGAGCUCUGGCGGGCACACGUGCUGCCCCCGAGUAAUUUUUGCAGUCGCAGCCGCUCCUCGCCUGGCCGAGUUGCUAUGAGCUUGCCUCUUAAUCCAAAGCCCUUCCUAAAUGGGCUAACUGGAAAGCCAGUGAUGGUGAAAUUAAAGUGGGGAAUGGAAUACAAGGGUUACCUUGUCUCAGUUGAUGGCUACAUGAACAUGCAGCUUGCUAAUACAGAAGAAUAUAUUGAUGGUGCACUAUCUGGACACCUUGGUGAAGUUCUGAUAAGGUGUAAUAAUGUUCUUUAUAUAAGAGGAGUGGAAGAAGAAGAAGAAGAUGGAGAAAUGAGAGAAUAGCUGUUUGUGGGAAACAAUUCAAAAUGGUGUUUAGAUCUUUAACAGUAACUUUUUUAAGUUUUUGCAAGUGUAGCGUUAGUAAAUAUUUUUCUGUGAAAAGGACGAAUAUUGUUGUUGAAAAAACUAUUGCUAUGAAAAAAUAAAGAUGCUAAUUCUGAUCCUUUUUAAAACUGCGCCUUGUCUGAUCUUAGUUCAACAAUUGUUAUUUUAAAAGAAAACUGGAUCAAAUCUAUCCUGUCACAGUUGACCUAAUAUAAUUUUGUUGAACUAAGCUAGAAGUAAGCCUGAAGCCCUAGAACUAAUCCAAAGAUAUUUCAUGUUACCCCCCCCAAAAAAAUCAUCAAGUAAAAUAGUAAUCAUCUUCACUUCUUGUUGUUAAAUCAAUGACAUUUUUCUCUCUCCGUCUAAUCUCUGGAGGCUGUGAGCGAUAUAUCAGUUUUCUUCCCUCCUAAAGCAAAGACAGAAAAUACAGCAUACCUUGUUCAAUUAGCAUCAGUGUAAACUUGUGUGAAUGAAUGUGUUUUCAAUUCUAUAAUGUUAUAAUAUGCAUAUAUAAAAAUGUUGAUACCUGUCUGUUUUGUAAUAACACACAGUGUGUUUCUAA